CAGACUGCUCAAAGUGAGCUUCGGUCGUCGGUUGCUGUCGAGCUUGCGUCAUUCGAAGAGCGCGUUUUCUCUUUCUUUCUCCUUAGCUUUACGUUAACCAGAGUACAUCGGCGUGCACGCUCCACGAUUUUACUUGUUUUUUUUUGGUAUAUUGUUGGAAAUAAUCCAAAAAAACACUUGGAAUAAUGGCAGACACUGAAGCAUCAAAGACUAUUGAAGCAACCAUCGAAGAGAAGAAAGUAGAGGAGAAAGAGAAGUUAGCUGAAAAGCCAACUACUGAAGAGCCCAAGGUGGAGGAAAAUGGGGAGAAAGCUGAGAAUGGGGAUUCUAAAGAGGAUGCUCCCAAGAAACCUGCAGAGGAAGAAGAAAAAACCACCACAGAUAAAUGCUGCAUCAAAAGAAAAUCAACAGGAGAUGCCGUAGAUGGUAAGGCUGAAGAAUCGACGCCGGAGAAGAAGGCAAAAGUAGAUUCCACACCAGCUGAAGUGGAAGCAAAUGGUGAAGUUACAGAAGCUGAGGUCGCAGCUUAAGUUUGUUUAGUUUAUGAUUUUCACUUUUGUUUCGGUUUUUGGUCCAUGGCACAGUUUGUGCCAUAAUUAUUUUCGUCAAUCAUGGCACGAACUGGGGCUAAUUAUAAGUUUAUAAAUCACAUUCAUAUUUCGCGUCUAGUGGUAGGGUUAGGAUGAGUGUAAACUUAAAAGCUGAUCAAGGUGAGUAGGGAAAGGAGUAUUAAUAUUAUAGCUUUGUCAAAUAAAUAGUAUAUUUCUGUUCAUCACUAAUAGUAUUGAAAUUGAAAAACCUUACAUGGAGCACAAAAUGUUAUUUCUUUCCUGGUUCGCUGUAAUUAAACCCUACCAUUAAACAAUGAAAACCUUACAAAUUAAAUUUAGAAAUUGCAUUUAUUUUUAGUUCUAUGGCAAUCUAAUUCUCGGCAAAUCGGUGUUAAUAUUCUUGUGUGGUGUUUUGUCAGAAUGAUUGCCAAACACUUUCGUGGUGCGAUUGUACUUAUUAAUAUUUUUUUAUGUUUCGUAGAAUGACAUAUUAACCCUUUUGACAUGCAAGUAUUUGCAAAUAAGUCCUUAUUGUGGAAUCAUGUAUUAAAUGGCUCACGGCGCGCAAAUCAUUUGUUCUCGUGAGUUCUAGAAUAUUUAUGAAUAGUUUCUGUAAAGUAUGGAGAAUCUCGAAGGUAGCUCUGCCAUAAGCUCACUAACAGGUUUCUAAAUGUGUUCAUAUCAGUGUUUAAGAUAGGGCUAGUUUUUACCGUUCGUAUUUUUUAUACCACCUACAAUUUUCACAAAUGCUUAAGAUGGGUACACGUUAUUAAAUCUUGGAAAUGCUAACAUAGUGGGUGGCAAUAAAAACCUGAGUUGAAAGUAUAAAGAAUCGACUUGCGGGUAGUAAUUUCAGUUACAGUUAACACGUAUUUUUUAGCUAGCCUAAACCAAUACGUUUCGUUCAAAAUUCCAAUCAGAAUUUUUUCCAUAUCUAAAUCGAAGUUUGUAACAUUUUUUCGGACGUUUUUGUAUUUUAAUUUGUAUCGUGAAGGUACGUACAAUCAGCAGUAUUUUCUAGUUAUCGUUCUAUAUAUGUUCGGCAGUUGUGUUUUAUGCCACAGAGUACAAAGCAGAAUAAUUGUAUUUUCAUAGUGGUAUAUGGCAAUAAAGAGUUAGUUUCCAGUAA